GUACAAAAAAGUAUAAACUUUAUGAUAAAACAUUUAUCGGCGGGAAAUGGAUAAAAAGUAGUACAGGUAGCGCCAUCGAGCGUUGAUCGUAUACUCACCUGAUGAUCUAUCAAGGUGUGGCAGUGUCGGUGAUAGUGGGGUAAAUACGUUUACAAAACCAAGAAUCACUUUAUAUACAUAUAUGUAUGUUAUGUAUUAAUGCAUUACAUUGUACAGAGCAUGUAGUGCAUAGAGUGGGAGGACGCGAGUACACACCAUUGAAUGUGUUCCAGUUAAUGCAGUGAGUCUGCCGCACGCGGCAAAAUGGAUACUCAAGACAAAGUGCACACCUUUAUAGGGCGCGUCACUUUCUUUUGUUUAUUAACAGUUAAUAUUAUUAACUGUCAAGAUUCGAGAUACGGAAGUCAAUAUAAUCAGUACAGUCGCGAAGGUGUUUAUUUACCACCAGGUAGUCCUGGUUAUCAGACCUAUUUUUACAAAGACAGAAGAUAUGGGUAUCAGUCCAGCUACUUGGAUCCCAUAUCUCGAGUUCCAACUCGUGCUCCUGAAGAUCGAUACCACUUUGGAGAUGAUCAAUCGAGGUAUCAACAUUUGCCAGGGAUUCUCGGUCGGUGGCGAGAAGAUCUUCAGGGUAGAAUGAGACCUGAUUCUAAAAAACUUGAAGAAAAUCGUGAUGUUUAUAUCAGCACGAAUUAUGGUAGAGUUCAAGGUUUCAAAGUUAAUUUAUAUGACCAUCCUGAAGCACGUCAUCGGCCCUGGAGUAUGCCUGUUGAACGUGUCACUGCUCAAGUAAAUGUAUUUCUAGGAAUACCUUAUGCUAUGCCACCAACUUUGGAGGGCAGGUUUAAACCACCUCGGACUCAUAGAGGAUGGCAAUUAUUGCAAGCCGUCGAUUGGGGACCAGCUUGUCCUCAGCCGAGUAAUUAUACUGGUGCCACAAAAGGAAUUCGUGAUGUUGAUGAAGAUUGUUUGUACUUGAACAUCUUUACUCCUUCUUUCGUAUCCGGUGUGCCUAAAUUAUAUCCCGUAAUGUUUUACAUUCACGGCGGCGAAUUUACACACGGAGCAAGUAAUCUAUUUCCUGGACACAUGCUGGCUGGUUUUUAUGACGUCAUAGUCGUGUCAAUAAAUUACCGCCUAGGUGCAUUGGGUUUUCUAAGUACAGGUGACGAAUACAGUCCAGGAAAUUAUGGAAUUUUAGAUCAAGAAAUGGCGCUUAAGUGGGUGUAUGAUAACAUCAAAUCAUUUAAUGGUAAUCGCGAAGCAAUUACACUAUUCGGACCUGGUGCUGGAGCUGCAAGUGCCGGAUUGCUUAUGGUGGCACCACGCACUGCCUAUAUGGUAUCAAAAGUAAUAGCACAAUCUGGAUCAGCAUUAGCCGAUUGGGCCUUUAUCGUUGACAAAUAUCGCGUACAAAACACAUCACGUGUUUAUGCUGAAUCACUUGGUUGCAAUAUAGUAAAUAGUCAAGAACUAUUCAAGUGUCUCUAUACCGGGCGAAGUUAUCUCGAUCACGGUAAUUCCGAAUUACAGCCGCAUGUUGGCAUGUUUCCUUGGGCGCCAGUACUGGAUAGAAAUUUUACUGUACCACCAGAUAAUUUAUAUGACGAUUGGCGGGCAUCAGAUUGGCACUUUUUUACUGAAACGCCUGAACAAAGUAUCAAAGCUGGUCGAUUUAGACGCGAUAUCGCUUACAUGGCUGGCGUUACAACCCAAGAAGCCGCUUGGAUGAUAUUUAAUAAUGAAACAUUGCGUCGAAGACAAUAUCGUAUUGAUGAAGAAAUAUUCAAUCAAAAAAUUUGGGAAAUGGUCUUACGUUAUAAUUAUACUCUCAAUCCUUAUGGUGCUUACGAAGCUAUCAAAUAUAUGUACACAUUCUGGCCAGAUCCUAAAAACGUAACAUUAAUACGUGACCAAUUGAUAAAUUUACUAAGUGAUUUUCAUUAUGUUGCGCCCUUUGAUAAAAUGGCCAAAUUGUUGGUUGAAAAAAAAGUACCAGUUUAUUUAUAUGUUUUAAAUACAACUAUUGAGGCACUUCAUUUAGACCACUGGCGAAGAGUUCCACAUGAUACUGAAUAUUUAUGGUUAACUGGUGCACCGUUUAUGGAUCAAGAAUUUUUUCCAGAUAAAUGGAAAGUCUCACGUGAGAUGUGGACUGAUAAUGAUAGAAAUAUGAGCCAUUUCUUUUUGAAGGCUUACUCUAAUUUUGCUAAAUAUGGUAAUCCAACCCCAUCACAAAUACUUGGAUUACAUUUCGAAGAGACACAGCAAGGCUAUUUGAAGUACUUGAAUAUUAAUACGACAUUUAAUAGUUCUGUUUUAUAUAAUUAUCGCCAAACCGAAAGUGCAUUUUGGUCGCAAUAUCUGCCAACUGUUAUUGGACGAUUGGUACCAACUUAUCCACCUGUUACUGAGUAUUGGUGGGAACCAAAACAGCCACUUCAAAUAGCAUUCUGGUCAAUGUCAACUGCGUGUCUGCUGCUGAUAGUUCUUUGUGUUGUUUGUUGUAUGCUAUGGCGUAAUGCCAAAAGACAAUCCGAUCACUACUAUAGCGGGGACAUCCUGAUGGUACGAGACGACGAGCAUUCGGAGGGAAUCGAGAAUAUAAAUCGCGCAUCAAAAGACAAUUUAUAUGAAUAUCGCGAUACUCCGCCGCCACAAAAAGCAAGAAUACCACGACAAGUAGAUCAUAGUCAUAAAGUUAAUCAAGAUCAUAUGGCUCAAAAUCGUAAAUUCAGUUCAACGCCAUCAUUACGAAGUAAUUCAAAUAUGUCAUUGAGAGAUAUGCGCAGUGAAGGUUUCGUUACAAGUUCACCCAACGGUCAACCAAAAAUUAGUAAAGCUUCGAGUCAAUCGACUUUGACUAAAGGUAAAGCUAAGACGCAUAUUGUGCAAGGAGUUCCUCAAACUGCAGUAUAAGCAAACGACUUUUUUUUUUAAUCAUCGAAUAUAGUUUUAUUUUUUUUGAACACUUAUUUUAUAAAAAAAAAAAAAAGUCGAUUGAUCUCAUCAAGGACAUUCACUUGACAUUUUUUUUUCUUUGAGUGAAUCAAAUUUUUUUUUAAUUUAAUAUUUUAAAUAUAAAUAGAGUAAUGUAAUUAUAAUUAAAUCCGUCCAUUGAAAUAAUUAUAUAUACAUAUAACAUAUAUGUAAGUUUAUGUAUUAAUUAAUUUUAAAUAUCAUGCCCGCCGAACAAAAAUGUAAUUUUUGCUCGCUAUUGAUGCCCAAUUUUAAAUAUAAAAAGAGAAAAUUUUAUUUAGACGAAAAAGAAACAAAAAAAUUUUAUAUUUAUGUAUUUUAAAAGUAUUUUCUAUAAUGUAUCAAAUACAUUGCCUUGUUACCGUUUUGUAUACUAGAAUUAAGGACUUUAAUAUUAUAUAUAUUUAAGAAUAUAUACAUCAAUGUAGAACAGAGAUUUUUAUAUGUCCAAUUACUUGUAAAAAAAAUA